UGUACAUACGGGAUGUGCCCGCCAGGAUCUAGGCUGAGGGCCCGAGGUGCGCCUCCCUGCGUUCCUCGACCGUAGCGCGCCCGAGAGACUCCGGCCGAAUGGUCUGCUGCUUCGGGGUUGGGCAGUGCCGGGAGCUGGAGUAAGGCAGGUGUGUGCAGCGCCGCAGGGGCUGCGAGUUGCCUUCCUGGAGCCUGUGCUGGCGCCUGGGACGCUCGUGGAAGGGCCUCGGGGGAAGGUCACCAUCCUGGAGCCUUUCGCCUCAUCCCACAGCCCUGGAACCAGGCUGUGCCCUCCCCUAAUCACGAAACCUCGGAGCCAGCAGAGCCCUCUCCUAAUCCCGCAGUUUGGGGAGGGCCAUGAAGCCCCCAGGAGGAGCAUCCAGUGAUCUUUUCGGAAGUCCAGAAGAAGUUGUCCCUUCAAACAGGCCCAACAGGAUGGCAUCGAAUAUUUUCGGACCAACUGAAGAACCUCAGAACAUGCCUAAGAGGACCAACCCUCCAGGGGGGAAAGGAAGUGGUAUCUUUGAUGAAUCAACACCUGUGCACACUCGACAGCGUCUGAACCCACCUGGUGGGAAGACCAGUGACAUUUUUGGGUCUCCAGUCACUGCCACUUUACCUUUGGCACAUCCAAAUAAACCCAAGGACCACAUGAUGUUGGGUGAAGGAGAAGACCCAAAAUCGAACCUUAAAGUUGCAGUGAGCACCUUGCCCAGAGAAGAGCCGAGUGAGAAAAGUGGCCUGAGACAAGCGGACCAUGCCCAGGAGCCCCAGCCCACGCCCGUGGUUGACAGCCAUGAACCCAGGUUGGGCCCACGGCCUCGAUCUCACAACAAAGUUCUGAACCCACCUGGAGGCAAAUCCAGCAUCUCCUUCUACUAGAGAAGCCAUUGCUCCCCCUGUAGCCAUACAAGAAACUUGAGAAAUAGGAUUUCAAAUAUUAUAGUUUCUUUUAGCCCAAAGGAGCGGGGGUGGGGAGAGGGUCCCUCAUGUAUCUGAAGCCGCUGCUCAGGCUCCAUUGCCACCGUGAGAGUCACAGAGGACCUUUCCUUCCAGACUGAUGAGAGACACAUCUUUUGGGGAUAAAAUGUAAUUUAGUAAUUCUGGAUGUGAGAGGAACUCUAAGACGGGCCAGGUGGGGAGCUGGUACAAGGCCACAGGAGGGCCUGAUGAAGUGAGAUCUUCCACGUCCUUGUUGCAUCAGUGACCUGCCAGCCAACUGAGUAUGCAGAAAUCACUUAACACAGUAGCAGAGUUUAAAGCCUUUGAAAUUAAGCCAGAAACAGCAUGUGCAUUAGGCAUAAGCUGAAACACCAAUGGGAGGGGGUUCUGUCUCUGGAUAAAUUCCCUCUGAGAUCCUAAUGCUGUUUACCCUUUGUGGAUACCGUCUCAGUUCCUGGGACUACUGCUGCUAAACCCCAAGGCCUCCUUUUGUACUCAGCCCCAGUAUAUUCUGCAGUCUUUACUUGAAACAUCUUGAUUGCUUUUCCUUGGCAGCAGUCAACAGAACCCAAAAAGUUCUCUAGUCUUAUGCUUUAUGGAGAGAUUUUGUACCCCGAUCCUUUGAGGUGAUCUGACAGGAAUCUCUGCCUUUCACUUGUAGACCAGUUUUGCUUGUGAAUUGUUCCUUUUUUCCUCUCGUCAUCCUUAAGUAUCUGUCUUUGCUCCUCGCCAAUAAUGUAGGUAGUUCCUCUAUCUGCAAGGCCCACUGACUUCGGUAGGACUAAAACUCUAUCCAGAUACAUUCAGGUAAUGGGGUUAUUUAAACCCUUCAUUUGUCUUUUUUUCUGUUGACAUUGAGAAGAGAUGCUUGAGAACCUUGGCUUCUUAGGUUUGAAUUCUUUAGUAAUAUGUAAAGAACUCUUCUAAAACACCAGCUUUACAUAAGUGACUAUUGACUGUUGUUUCUAACACCUUUCUUGAAAAGAGCCAGUUGCUCAAGUACACCAAAGAGGAAGAAAAUGUUGCUUAGGCCACCCAUGAUAAAGCUUUGCAGAACCUCUGGACCGUAUUCACGGUUUCCAGAAGAGGCUUGGAGACCUUAGGCCAGGAGAUUAACUAGUUUGACAGCAAAGCCUCAACUGGCCAAUUCCAUUAUAUUUGCCAGCAAAGAUAAUAUGUUGGCAAGAAUCCUUUUGUUUUAAUCUGUCAGGCAGAAAUUUCUUGCAUUCAGCCUCCUAAGGGCUACAGUCUCCAUUCACUCAUGCUGGACCAACAGCAGACAGAGGAAAAGGUUUAUGUGAUGGUGGCUGUAAUGAGUGCCUACAGAGCUAACGCUAGGUGCUAGAAAUGUUUUUAUCGUUAUUAAAAUUGAGAAAAGCAACAACUGUUUUGUUAUACUCACAGUGGCCAGCUGAGACACUAAGUGCCUGCAGGAGCUACCUGCCAAGCCCCACUUCUUAAAAAUCAGCACAUUGAGGGGAUCUGCACGUGGCUUUGUCAACCAAAGAGUUUCCCUCCUUUCAGCUGCCCUGCUGACUUUGGAGCCAAGAAACACUCAUUCCAUGUAACUUUAUCAAGUACUUACCGUCUCUGUCCUUCAAACGGUCAUUCAUAAGAAAGUUGUUUGGAAUUCAGUUUUCUCCCAUUAAAAAAUGUCAUAAAUGGUGAUUAGCUUUUAAGUCCAGACACACUAACUUGUUUACCUUACAAUGAAAUAUUCUAAUGGUGGAAACAACUGCCAUUCAUAACUAUUUUGUUUUGUUUUUCAAUAUACAAGAGAAUGAUUGUGACUUCCAAAUUUGGCUGCUAGGAAGAAUUCUGACAUUGAGAUGCUGGCCCUUCUGGCUUCAUCCCCACUCUAUCAGCCGAAUGAGAGAGAGUGCUCUCUAGUUCGUCCACAGGCAGGAUUUCUCGGGUGGAGAUGGAAACCAGAGAUGCUAAGAGGGGCCUGAGGGAGAGGAAAACAGGAGGUAUAGUAAGAGCCUCUGGGCAACAGUGACAACUCCCUGCCUUUUCUCCCACCUCUUUUUCCCCCUUUUCCUCCUUGGGGCUGUAGGAGUAGGUUUAGAGUGUCUGGGUCACCCGGAGAAGCAGAUGAUGAGUUUCUGCUCAUGUGAGCCUGAUAGGAAUGGUCAUCUGUAUUUGGGAAAUGCUCCAUUCAUUGGGACUGCCUGUAUGUGGAAGAUUUAUUAACUCUUAGCAUCCGUUGUCAACCUCUAAGCCACAUUGAGAAAUUACCAGUUUGUGUUUUUAUUAAGCCUUAAAACUUUUUAUGUGCAUUUGGUGCCAACUUUUUUCUAGAGCUGUAUCAAACAACAAGCCUGUCCUCACAUCACAAUGUUAUUUUGAUAAGAACAUUUUGUUAUUUUUACAAGGCAGAAUUGGGUAUAACAGUUGAAUUAAACUUAGUAAUCAUGUA